CACUCUGGACUCAAUCAAGAUGAUGGAGAUUUGCCCACAUCUACACUGACUGUGACACCAAACAGUCCUGUAUUCACUGGAGAGACAGUCAAUCUGAAGUGUGAGAUAAACUCUGAUCACAGUGACUGGAAAUAUGAGUGGUAUAAAGACAGUUCAAUGUUACAGACGUCUGAGCGUUACACUGUAAACAGAGACACUCUCAGUAUUGUUGGAGCUGUUAAGACUGAUAAGGGUCAGUACAUGUGUAAAGGACAUAUAGAUGGAAGACCAGUUUCAUCACAAUCAAGCUCUGCUGUUUCUCUCUCUGUGAAGGAUUUACCCUCAUCUACACUGAGUGUGAAACCAGACAGAUCUGUAUUCACUGGAGAGACAGUCAAUCUGAAGUGUGUGAUAAACUCUGAUCACAGUAACUGGAGCUAUCAGUGGUAUAAAGACAGUUCAAUGUUACGGACUUCUGGGCAUUACACUGUAAAAAGAGACACUCUCAGUAUUGUUAAAGCUGUUAAGUCUGAUAAGGGGAAGUACUGGUGUAAAGGACACAUAGAUGGAAGAUCAGUUUUAUCACGAUCAAGCUCUGUUUCUCUCUCUGUGAAGGAUUUACCCUCAUCUACACUGAGUGUGACACCAGACAGAUCUGUUUUCACUGGAGAGACAGUCAAUCUGAAGUGUGUGAUAAACUCUGAUCACAGUAACUGGGGAUAUCAGUGGUAUAAAGACAGUUCAAUGUUACGGACUUCUGGGCAUUACACUGUAAAAAGAGACACUCUCAGUAUUGUUAAAGCUGUUAAGACUGAUGAGGGUCAGUACACGUGUAGAGGUCACAUAUAUGGAAGACCAGUUUUAUCACGAUCAAGCUCUGAUGUUUCUCUCUCUGUGAAGGAUUUACCCACAUCUACACUGACUGUGACACCAAACAAUCCUGUAUUCACUGGAGAGAGAGUCAAUCUGAAAUGUGUGAUAAACUCUGAUCACAGUAACUGGAGAUAUGACUGGAUUAAAUACAGUUCAAUGUUACAGAAGUCUGGGCGUUACACUGUAAACGGAGACACUCUCAGUAUUGUUGGAGCUGUUACAUCUGAUCAGGAUCAGUACUGGUGUAGAGGACUGAGAGAUGGAAGACCAAACUCAUCACAGUCAAGCUCUGUUUCUCUCACUGUGAUCCAGAGACCAAAACCUGUAGUGAAGAUGACGCCAGAUCAGCCUGUGUUCAGAGGAGAGACAGUUACUCUCACAUGUGACAUACAGGGAGGAGGAAACAUUCAGUGGACAUACAGCUGGAUUAAAGAUGGAAAACCUUUCUAUACAACAACAACAACAACAGCAGCAGAGUUCAGUUUCACAGCUGAUGUGUCUUACAGUGGUGAAUACAGCUGUAGAGGAGAGAGAUCAGACUCACAGAAAUCAGACAUCAGUGAUGCUGUUACAGUGACUGUAUCAGGUCUAAACCCAAAGCCUGAACUCACAUCAGAUCCUGCAGGAGCUGCACUGACAGGAAACACAGUGAAUUUGACCUGUCGCAUGGAUCCGUCCACUGGAUACUGGGACUUUUACUGGUACAAACACACACUGAACCCUGAGACAGAGAAGACAGAAACAAACUCCUACAGACUGAAGAUUGAUUCAGUGUCUGAUGGAGGCCAGUACUGGUGUAGAGCUGGAAGAGGGAAACCAGUCUAUUACACAAACUACAGUGAUGCACUGUGGGUCAAUGUUACAGAGAGUCCUAAAGCUGUGCUGACGGUACGACCCGAUGAACGAGUGUUUAGAGGAGAAACAGUCACUCUCAGAUGUGAUAUGAAGUGGGGAGGAGACACUGAAUGGACAUACAGAUGGGAAAGAGAGGGAGACACUGUCAACCAAACCUCAACACAAGAGUUGAACAUCAGCAGUGUUGAUCACUUUCACAGCGGUAAAUACACCUGUACAGGACUGAUAAACACUCAGAUCUCUCAGCGCAGUGAUGCUGUUACAUUGACUGUAUCAGAUGAAGUUCAGGCAGCAAUGCGAGUGUCUCCACAGCCGUGGCUGACUGAAGGAGAAUCAGUGACUCUGAUCUGUGAGGUUUCAGGCUCCUCUACAGGCUGGACGUUCAGCUGGUUCAGAGAUCAUGAUCUUCUGUCAGACAGCAGCAGAGGAGCUGGAGGAUCUUACACUCUCAGUCCUGCUGCUCUACAGCACACAGGAGUUUAUACGUGCAGAGCAGUGAGAGGACGACCAGCCUAUUACACACGACACAGCAGCACACAGCCACUGUGGGUCACUGGUGUUUCAAUGUCUCUGGUGGUACGUCCCAGCAGAAGUCAACAUUUCUCAUCUCACUCUCUUUCUCUGAGUUGUGAGGAUCAGAGUAACUCUGCUGUAUGGACAGUGAGAAGAUACACAGACAAAGACACAAAAACUUGUUCAAAACAAACAGGAUCUCCAUGUGUAAUCGAGUCUCUCAGCACAUCUGACACUGGAGUGUACUGGUGUCAGUCUGAAUCUGGAGAGAAACGUCAUACUCGAAACAUCACUGUACAUGAUGGCGAAGUGAUUCUGGUGAGUUCUGUUGAUCCUGUGAUUGAGGGAGAGACUCUGACUCUACACUGUUUACAUCGAUCUACAAACUCCUCGAUCCUCAGCGCUGAUUUCUAUAAAGACGGAUCACUGGUCCAGAAUCAGACGACAGGAGAGAUGAACAUCCCUACUGUCUCAAAGUCACAUGAGGGUUUCUACUACUGUAAAACAGAGAGAGGACAGUCACUCCACAGCUGGAUCUCAGUCAGAGUGUCACGUUCUGGUCAGAUUUCUGUCUUCAGCAUCCUCAGUUUUCUUCUGGCAGCUUGUCCAUAUCUGGUAGCAACAGUCGUGCUGCUUUACAAAUGUUACAGAGCAAGAGUUCCAUCUGAUGAAGAUCAAAGUCAGUACGCCGUAACAGAGGAAGAAACUUCAAUCUGAUAUUAACCUCUUUAAAAAGACUCAUCAUACUGAUAAUUCUGUCAACAUGUUUGAAUGUUCUGUCAGCAUUUAUUUGUCCUUAAAAAUGGUUUGAAAAUAUUGUAAUUUGUUCUUCUUUUAUGAGAUUCAUAUUUUUACAAUAUAUAUUUGUCAUAACCUUUUUGCCUGAAAGGAGAAAUGUUUUUUCAUGAUUUUAUGGAGUGCGAUAGACUAGACUGAAGCCUUUAUUUUUGGUUUUGCAAACUGUCAAAUUACGAAUGAUACAACUUUUAUUUUUGGUUUUAAAUAUGAAAAUAUUAAAGGGGUUAUUAACUGCAUUUUUUAUUAUUUCAUGGUGUUUCCUGAGGUGAACUUAUAAUGUUAGAUUUUUUUCUUCUUUUUUUUUUUACAUCAAAAAUUGUGAUUAUUUAUUAUUGUCAUAAUUUAAAAAAAAGGCUAUUUUUCUACCCUAAUUUUAGUCUGAAUGAUCUGUUUGAAGAGGCGUAUCUGCUGUGAUUGGCUGACAUCUUUGCAUAUCAAAUAAGUCUUACAUGAUGAACUGGUGCUGCCAGGCAUUUAAGGAUUGAACUCCCACUUCAAAAACUUUACCACGUUUUUACUAUUAGGGCCAACAGCUGUCAAGAUUAACUAAUCGUGAAAAGUGUUGAUUAUAGCACUAUUUAGGUCUACACCCGUCACAUGAAAGCUUGCAUCGAUGAGCAUUGUAGCCGAUGACAGCUUGUUGAUUAUGUGAUGGCAGUGAUCAUGUCAUUGGAACUUGGUUUCUGCAGUCUCACAAAUGCUUCUAUCAUUAACAGUGCAAACACAUUGUAAAUAUGACAGUCUGUUGAUCGUGUGAAUUCAGUGAUCUUGUCAUUGCAACAAGAUUUCAGCACUCUCAUGAAUGCUUUCACCAUAACUAACAAUGCAAUGAUGUAAAUAAAGCAAGUGGUUUAUUGUGCAGUCACUGAUUAUAAUGGGAGUGUUGGCAAGUGUCCAGAUAAACUUGUGUGUGAUCGAUGGCUUCAGUCAUUAUAAAGAGAUCGUUCUUUGAUUGCUUUCUGUAUAUAAUUUAAUCAGAAUUUAAAAAUGCAUAAAAACUCAGUACAUAUCAAACGAUCUGUAAUAGCAGACAAAGCAAUAGUGACCACAUAAUAAAAUAGUUACGUUUGUGUGGUGCGACAUUACUGAUGUAUUCAAUAUACCGUAGUAAGCACAGCAUCGUCUUUUAUGGCGCUUUCCCACUGUGUGGUAUGACUCGGUUCGGUUCGGCACAGUUCAACUCGCUUUACUUUCAGUUUGCUUUUCCACUGCAGUUUAGUACCGCUUCAAAGUGGGUGGGAUUAUAGAUUGAUAUAGUUGCACUGCCUUUACUGCCGUGGAUCCUCUCCUUGGCUAAUAACGAGUCUGCACCUCGUCUACUGACCACAAUACAGCCAUUUCUUUGUUCAAGUUGCAUGCAACAUUCGUUUAAAGCAAGUUGUUUAAAAAAAAAAAAAGUUUUGCAACCAAAUGAUACUGUGGUGGGUGUUACUGACUACUUGAAUCUAGUGGGUUUGGUGGUAACGAUUCUCUCUGACCAAUCAGUGAUCUGCAGUGUUUACACGUCACAUUUAGUUUUGGUAAGGCACGUUUGGAACCUCAACCGAAGAGGUACUAUUUAAGUGAGCCGUAUCAAGCUGUACCUAACCAUACUAUGCAGUGGAGAAGCGUCAUUAGUUUUAAUCUUGCUGAAAAUCCUGUGUUAAAUUGUACCUUGUUUGUAAACAAAUUGUUGGUGCUCUGAGACUUGUGGGUAAGAUCCAACUGCAGCUUUUAUUUAGGGAUCUCCAGAGUACAAUGCCAGACAAAGGGUCAAAAUCCAUGAAAACAGUCCACAAAAACAAGAAAACAAACUAGAGAUAGUGCUCAGACUUGCAAGUAACAUUACGCAAAACUUUGAUGAUCAAGACAAAACCAAACCGGGUAUAAGACAGAAACUAAUGACAAGAGUGAAUACAGCUGAGUGCAAUGAGUCCGGGAUGUGGGUUAUAGGAAAUGGAGUCCAUGAUAGUGGCAGUAGUCUGGGGUGGAGUGCCCUCUGGUGGCUAUCAAGGGCACUCCAGCAGGUGAUCAUGACACAAAUCUGCGAUAAAAUGAAGUGAACAAAGGACCAAGUUCUUACUGAUGCGGUCUGAAACUUAAAUAAAGUUCAUCCAUUAAGUUCAUCCACUCUUUCCUAAUGUUGGGAUCAGAAGGAGGGCAAUGCAAAGAUUGUGUUUUGGCACUGCACAGCAUCUUGUUGUCUUUGGAGCCAUCUUUAUCAUUUGGUUUCUGCGUAGACCUGCGUUUGCCUCUCUCGUUAUUUACCUACUAUGCAUGAAUCGGACGGUGGGGCUAAUCAGGUGAUGAUGUAGAAGCAGGCGUUGAUCUUCUGUGGAGGCGGUGUUUAGCCACACUAUUGUCAUAAAGUGGCACAUUCCAGAACCUGUCGUUUUGGUAGACUGGCUUCAAUAUAAGUUGCUUUUAGACUAACGAGAAAGUUCUGAAAGAAACUUGAGAAAGAGUUCUGAAACUUACAGCAUGUUUUUAUAGCACAAUGACAGAAUUUUGGAAUUUUGAUUUCUCAGUUAAUGACCCCUUUAAAAAGAGGAGUUUCCUUUGUCAGUUGCUGAAUUUUAUUUUAGGACAGGCCAAACUAGCCAUCUAUGUGAGCAGGACAAAUAAGGUUGAAAGGUUGACAGGGGAAGAUGUAGUGUUUAUGUUCUUACAUGUGGCAAGAGUAUUAAUUGAUUUUUAUUUUAUAAGGAGUGAAAAUGGAGUGUUGUGUUGUUGAUGAAUAGCUAUUUUUUACUUAUUUGUUGUAUUUUCUUUUCUUCUUUUUUUUUCUUUUGGUGAUUUCCUUGAUAGCCUACUUAUGUGGUAAUUGGAUAAUCUUGGGGGUGGGAUUUUAUUUUAUUACAAUAAAAUCAUCAAUAAAAAACGAUUUUAUUGUAAUAAAAUCGUUUUUAAAAUUCAAAUUCUCUUUCUUUCUUUCUUUGAGUGUCUUUCCCCCAAUCAAUUCACAUAUUCUCUCACUGCAUGACAGACAUGCCUUUACUGUCUUUCUUAUAUUAUAUAGGCUAAAUCAAUAUUUUCAUCAGAUGAUGGUCAUUCAUGGAAGUAAUAACUGCAGUGAAAAUACAAUAAAUAAAAAAAUAACAAGACGUCAAUUUAAAUGUUAAAUGUUUUGUGUGUGUCUAUUUCACAGUUCCUGUAGUGUCUUUCCAUUAAGUUGCUGUUAUUGUUAAUAGGAGUGAACAAGUAUCUGACACAUAGUCCAUUCAGAUGGAUGUAAAAUGUAAACAGUGUCUUUCUUUAUUGUGCUCAAAUGAAUAAACAUUUCUUCCAGUUAGCUUCCUAUGGUGUCAUUCUUU